UGGAGCCGCCGCCGCCACCUCCUCCGCCGCCGCACACGGAGACAUGUACCCGGGAGCCCCCUCCGCCGGACCCGUGCUCACACCUCCUCCCCCAUUGCCACCACCAAUACAGGGAUAUGCCUUUAAACCUCCUCCUCGGCCGGAUUUUGGCACUUCUGGGAGAACAAUCAAACUGCAGGCCAACUUCUUUGAAAUGGACAUUCCUAAAAUAGAUAUCUACCAUUAUGAGUUGGAUAUAAAGCCAGAAAAAUGUCCUAGAAGAGUUAACAGAGAAAUAGUGGAGCAUAUGGUUCAGCACUUUAAAACCCAGAUUUUUGGGGAUCGCAAACCAGUGUUUGAUGGAAGAAAAAACCUUUAUACAGCUAUGCCCCUUCCCAUUGGGAGAGAUAAAGUGGAGCUGGAGGUCACCCUGCCAGGAGAAGGAAAGGACAGGAUAUUUAAGGUGGCCAUAAAGUGGAUGUCCUGUGUGAGCUUGCAGGCUUUGCACGAUGCUCUCUCUGGCCGGCUGCCGAGUGUCCCGUUUGAGACCAUCCAGGCCCUGGAUGUGGUGAUGAGGCACUUGCCUUCCAUGAGGUAUACUCCUGUGGGGAGAUCUUUCUUUACAGCUUCAGAAGGGUGCUCAAAUCCUUUGGGUGGUGGCAGAGAAGUUUGGUUUGGCUUCCAUCAGUCAGUCAGACCUUCAUUAUGGAAAAUGAUGUUAAAUAUUGAUGUGUCUGCAACUGCAUUUUACAAAGCACAGCCAGUUAUUGAGUUUGUUUGUGAAGUUCUGGACUUCAAAAGUAUUGAAGAACAACAAAAACCUCUGACAGAUUCCCAAAGGGUAAAGUUUACCAAAGAAAUAAAAGGUCUGAAGGUGGAGAUAACACACUGUGGUCAAAUGAAAAGGAAGUACAGAGUGUGCAAUGUCACCAGACGACCAGCAAGUCACCAAACAUUCCCACUUCAGCAGGAGAAUGGACAAACAGUUGAAUGCACUGUAGCUCAGUAUUUUAAGGACAGGCAUAAAUUAGUUUUACGCUACCCUCACCUUCCAUGUUUACAAGUUGGACAGGAGCAGAAACACACAUACCUUCCUCUGGAGGUGUGCAACAUAGUGGCAGGACAAAGAUGCAUAAAGAAACUCACUGACAAUCAAACUUCCACUAUGAUUCGAGCCACUGCCAGAUCAGCCCCGGACCGGCAGGAGGAGAUCAGCAAAUUGAUGCGGAGCGCAAGUUUUAACACCGACCCCUACGUGCGAGAGUUUGGGAUAAUGGUCAAGGAUGAAAUGACAGAUGUGACAGGCAGAGUCCUGCAGCCUCCCUCAAUCCUCUAUGGAGGCAGGAAUAAAGCAAUUGCUACACCAGUGCAAGGUGUCUGGGACAUGAGGAAUAAACAAUUUCACACUGGAAUUGAAAUAAAGGUUUGGGCAAUUGCCUGCUUUGCUCCCCAGCGCCAGUGCACUGAAGUUCAUCUUAAGUCCUUCACAGAACAGCUGAGGAAGAUUUCCAGGGAUGCUGGAAUGCCCAUCCAGGGCCAGCCCUGCUUCUGCAAAUACGCCCAGGGAGCUGACAGCGUGGAGCCCAUGUUCAGACACCUCAAGAACACUUACACUGGGCUGCAGCUUGUCGUGGUCAUUUUGCCAGGAAAAACACCAGUCUAUGCGGAGGUGAAGCGCGUUGGUGACACGGUGCUGGGAAUGGCCACUCAGUGUGUGCAGAUGAAAAAUGUCCAAAGAACAACACCACAAACUCUGUCCAACCUCUGCUUAAAAAUAAAUGUCAAAUUAGGAGGCGUAAAUAACAUUCUACUGCCACAGGGAAGACCCCCAGUAUUCCAGCAGCCUGUCAUAUUCCUUGGUGCAGAUGUAACUCACCCACCAGCUGGGGAUGGGAAAAAACCUUCCAUUGCUGCAGUUGUGGGAAGCAUGGAUGCUCAUCCCAACCGUUACUGUGCCACCGUGCGGGUGCAACAGCACCGCCAGGAAAUCAUCCAGGAUUUGGCUGCCAUGGUCAGGGAGCUGCUGAUCCAGUUCUACAAAUCCACCAGAUUCAAACCAACUCGAAUCAUCUUCUACAGGGAUGGUGUUUCUGAGGGGCAGUUCCAGCAGGUUCUCCACCAUGAACUCCUGGCUAUCAGGGAGGCUUGCAUUAAGCUGGAGAAGGAUUAUCAGCCUGGCAUCACAUUUAUAGUGGUGCAGAAAAGGCACCACACCAGACUCUUCUGCACAGAUAAAAAUGAACGGGUUGGAAAAAGUGGAAACAUUCCAGCUGGUACCACAGUGGACACAAAAAUUACCCACCCCUCAGAGUUCGACUUCUACCUGUGUAGUCAUGCUGGGAUUCAGGGAACAAGCAGACCUUCCCACUACCAUGUGCUCUGGGAUGACAAUCGCUUCUCGUCGGACGAGCUGCAGAUCCUCACCUACCAGCUGUGCCACACGUACGUGCGCUGCACGCGCUCCGUCUCCAUCCCUGCUCCAGCAUACUAUGCACACCUGGUGGCCUUCAGAGCCAGGUACCAUCUGGUGGAUAAGGAGCACGACAGUGCUGAAGGAAGCCACACUUCUGGCCAGAGCAAUGGCAGAGAUCACCAAGCACUUGCCAAGGCAGUCCAGGUGCACCAGGACACGCUGCGCACCAUGUACUUUGCUUGACGUGUUCUAAUGUUCAGCGGCUCCGGACAAGGCAGAGUUGGAUUCACACCAGACCAGCUGCACUUAGACCAACAGAUGCCCCACCCCAGGGACAGCCAGCAAUGAGUGAUGCAUCUUUAUUUCUUUCUUUCCCAUUUGCAAGGAAGCCUUCCGUCCAGAAUUUCAGACUUGAUCACAAACUGCAUUCUUGUACCAAACCCCACUGUUGUCGGAAAUGUGGUUUGCCAAAAAUCUCUGAGCUGCUUGGUAUAAAACAGACCCAGAUUUUAUAAUUAAAUCAAGAGCUGCAAUCUCAGGGCUUAGGGAAGAAAAACAAAAAACCAAACCAAGAACCCUACCCACAAAACUACGCAUUCAGUUAGCUGUUCAUUGAGUUGCUUUCGAUAAUUUGGAAAUAUCUAAUUCAUACUGAGGUUUGAUGAGCUAAAACGCUGUGAGUCAGCAUUUAGUACAAAAGAAAGCAUAGCAUUUUUUGAGUAUUUAUGAAACCUUGAUUAUUCUAGAUGCAUUUACAAAAUUUUUAUUUUCAAAAUAAGAGCGUGACAUAAUUCUGGUUUCUAACUGUCUUACAAAGAUUAUUCUCAGAUUAUUUUCUGUGUGUCUGAGGGCAAAUGUAUUUUCUGAAGCUUGUUCUUGAAUGUUUUUUAUUGUGCUGCAUUUUAAAAUGUUUUUCAUAGACUAAAGAUGAAUUUAAAAGAAAAAGAAUAAACCUGUACUUAAGCUUUUAGUAGCUCCAGUUAGAUUGGCAAAGAAAAUGUGCCAUUUAAAAAAAUUUGUAAAGAUUUUUUUAAGUCAUACUGACAGCUAACUUUAGGAUUUGUCAUACAGGACUGUGACACUUACUUUCCAAAGUCUCUAAAGAAUACGGGUCUGUGGUGAUAAAUACAGUACAAUCCUUUUUCACUGUUGUUUGAGUUAAUGUAAAUUUUAUAUAUGUUUCACAGUAUUAAUGUGAUAGACUAGAUGCUAUUAUUUAUUUUUAUUUACUAAGGAGUGCUCAUUCUGUUAACAUAUCAAGAAUGCUUUGAACUUAGAAAGUAAAAUCCUUUUUGUGGGGACAUUACUCUUCAAAUGCAAAAAAAAAAAAAAAUAUGCAAUCGACGUGGUGAGAGGAGAGAGAUGCAGCCAGUGUCUGUUGUAGCUUGGGAUUUGCAGAAAGGCUUUUCCAUUGUGCACACAGCACAGCAGGUUUUACCUCUGCGCUUCAGACGCACACAAGACCAACAUCCUACAUUCAUUCAAGCACAAAACAAUUGUAUUUUAUUUAUAUGUUGAGUAGUGUUAAGCAGGAGCUCUGCUAGAGGAGAGUGGCUCGCUGGAAGUUAGGCAGAAGUCAGAGAAUCUAUGCAGUAAAGAUAAAAAUUAGGAAAGUUUACUUAGGGAGGGAGGUGAAACCCUCUUCAUUAUGCAUAAGAGAUCUGUAGGAAAUGUGAGAGUUUUGCCAUUCUCUUAGGAGAAGCAUUAAUUAAAACUGAUAAUUGUUAGACAGAUGCUUCUGUUAGUUUGCACACUGGAUUCAUAAAAACCAUAACACACAUGUAAACCAUUGCACUAAUGACAAUGCCACGCCCAGGUUUAGGAGAAAACGGAAAAAGCCCAGGAAAGUUGUUAAUGCUGACUUGAUCUUGUUUGGUUUUCCAUGGGAUAACUGAAAUAAGAUGUUGAGAGGCAGGUUGGAAAACCUUCAUUCUCUUCCACUGAUGGAUUUUGCUUUGUCUUUUCCCUUUUCUCCGAGCAGCUGCUCAGUCUCUGUUUGGACACUUUUACCUCUGGCCACUGGGAUGGGCGAGUAGCUUUAACCCAUGCAGAGCUCUGGGCCACAGAGCAGGUCAACUGCAACCAGGUGAUGUUGGAUAAGCUAGAAAAUGCCCAACCUUUGCUGCAUAAAGACUUCUAGGUACAAAAUUCCAGUUCAGAUCUUUACCUUGUAGCAGUGUGUUGGUUGUCGGUGUUUUGUAAGUGAAAUGUAGAACCUGUUAAUGGAAUAAUCAUAUUUGUACUAUUCUGAUUGGGUGAUUAGGCUGCUGGCUCAGAGUGUCUUCUUGGUCAUAGUUCUAUAAAUUCAGAGUUGUGUAAAUUUGAAGCAAAUCCUAGGUAGCAUUGUCUGUCUUGCUGUGUGCCAGCGAGGUUGUACCUACCUCCCCUCAAGCACCCCUAAGCUGCAGAUCCUCCCCGUGGUGGGUGUGUUGCACUUCUCUGUGUUUCCUUCAGAGCUUUCCUAUUUCAGUGAAGAUAUUCAUUUGGCAGAGUUUUAUAUAAGAAUUAUUUUUAUAUGAAUUCUUCUUAUCAAAUAGGAUAAAGAUCAUCCAUUUUAAGACAUCAUUUAACUUAUUUGCUAUCUGUUAUGCAGAGACCUCUUGGAUGUGAAAUUCAUCCCCCUCUUUCCAUGCAGAUCUGGGACAAUGGAAUUGUACAGGUGGUCAGAUGGGGUGAGGAGGGCAGGAUCUGCCUUGACCUCAAAUCUCAUUUCUGAAGCAGCCUGGGACUGCACUGCAUCCUAUUUAAGAUGUCUCCUUUGUGAGAAAAGGAGUUUUAGGCAGGCCCUUAAUCUGAGAGUAGUUGUUGUUUGUGUAUCCUCUUGGAAUGAGCAGAAAUUCUGCAUAGCUUUCCUUCCCUAAGUGUGAAGAACUUGGGAUGUUUAUGUGCAUUUCAGGACAUUUUUACCUUUUACAGAUCUUUCUAAGCCUCUAAUACUGCUAAUCCUUUAUGCCUUGUGUCUCCCUCUUUUUCCUCUCCACCAGCAGUGAAUUAGUGAAUAAUUUAAAGCAUUUAAAAAAAAACCCAACAGAUUAGGUAUAUACUUUGUAAAGUACAGCAUGCUGGCAGUCCAGCACCUCUCUUUCUGGGAAUAGUUGUGAUAUAAAUUGCAUAUUCAAGAAUAUCUCCUAUCCCAAAAAGAACCUGCCACUAACACCUAAAAUCCUAGUAUUAUUUUUGAUUCUGUACCUCCCACAUGUCUGGUGUAGAACAGCAACAUCUCAGGGCAACACAAAGCUUAAUAAGUCUCAGUCUCCCCCAGGUUGCUGGUGGAGAAGUGCCAGCUGAGGUCACAGCUCUGAGUCUCUGGGUCACUGUGCAGGUCAGGUCAGCUGUAACCAAAUUUGUGCCACUCUCAGGCACUUGGGGCAUUUUCCAGCCCAUGCAAAGGGGUCCUGCUGCACACCCCCAAAAAACAGCAUCAGCAAGUGUGAAAUGUUCCUCUGGGAGGUGACAAGUACUAUCAGAAGACAUGAAAUACUUUAAAGUUUGUCCUUUUUUCCCUGAUGUGCAAAAUCUAAUGCAAUAAUGAGGUUUGCUUGGUGGUGGAAAUCUCUGCUCCAGUGGCUGAACAGAGUAAUGAGUCCACUCCAUCUGUUCCAGCACCUAGGAAACAACUGAGUUGAUCCUUAGCAGUAAAUGUCCUGAUGGGAAAUGCUGGAAGGAGGUGGAUUUGUCUCUCUCUGCCUUUAUGUGGCAUUUAAGACAGCCCUAUGCAAUUUAACACUUGUGUGUGUGUGAAUGCACUGAUGUACAGAGAUCACUUGUUUUAUUAGAGCUCCUUAUUUUGGCUUGGUUUGCUUUAGAAUAUUUGACUUUUGUGAAUUACAAUCAAUGAUCUUCCAUGUUCCAGAGGCUUUGGCACAGGAAUUCCCUUGUUUCUUGAUCUGUCAGGUAACAAAUACCAUUGAUCUCCAUCCAGGCCCCCAGGCAGCGUUCCCUGAUUGUAAAAGCAAAAAGGUUGGAAAGGUUUGGCGUUAAUUCUGCCUCUCUCAAGAACUCCUGCAGCCUUUGUCUGUUGUAACAGAGUCUUGUUCUUGUUGAAUCAUUUUUGUAACAUAAGGCAAGAAUUUUUCCCACAAGGAUUUUCAAAUUAAAACUUCUGGAGAGUAGGUGUGAAGAGUUUAGUUUUUUGGGGUUUUUUUUUAAGAUUGAAGUUUCUAAGAUGCUUCUAAGUUUUUCUUUCUGACUGAAGUAGUUCAUGUAUGUGGCCAAAGGCUUUUGAUUAAACAGCAGACUCAGUCAAAUAAGCUUCACUGGUUGCAUAAAUAACCCAUAAGGGACUUUUUUUUUUAAGACAUCUUUUACACAUUAACUUAAUGAAUGUAAGAAGAGUUCUCAGUUAUUUUCACACUUGAGACCAGUGUAAUUAAACUCACUUGUUUUCCUGUUUUUUAAUACUCUUCUCCUGCCAUAACAUCUCUCUCUGUGUGGCUUUCCCCAUUCCUAAUGCAGGGCAGUCCUUUGUUUUGUACUUUUAUAUUCCAUUUGGUAACAUGCUUCUUGAUGCACAGAUGCCAUCUUUCUUAAGGAAAACUUCAAGUAGAAGGUCAUUGCACUGAUUUUUGGGUUUUUUUAAACUCCCUUUUUACUGUAAGAAUUUUUUUUUUUUUUUUUUGCAUCUGCUGUAGCUGUUUGAAAAUACUGUAAAUAGUGCUCUGUACAGCAAAUACUGAAAUGCUGGGGAUACCAUUCCUAGUUGUAUUUUCCAGAAUACUGCCAUGUAUUUCCAGUGUUGAGAUAGGAGCUUUGGUAUUCAAUGCUGUUACCCUUUGUGUGCAUUAUGGUAUCAGUCCAGGAAGGACACAGUUGCUGUGUUACAGUGGAAAUACUUUGGGUUUGUCUGAAUUUAUGACACAUUUCUUCCUUCUCUGUGCAUAUUUCUGCCAGACCACAGAGAUGCAAUUUAUCAGCUCUCACUGUGCUCACUGUCUGUGCAAGGUUCAAAUGCCAAUUUUGGUAUCAGUUAGAUGACUGAUGGCAUUAAUGCAAUAUCUGGAUUAUCAUCUGUAGCUCUCACAGGUUUUCCUUGCUUGUCUGAUUCUUGUGUUGUGGAAGCAGAGCCAGUGGAUGUGGCAGAGUUAGUGAUUUGGGAUCCAGUUGCAAUGUGUUGCUGUCUGUCCUUGCAUGGUGUGGGAUUGGGCAGUGCAGUGGAUGUUUCAACUCUGAGUUAGGGAAUGGUGUCACCUCUGGAUGUCCCAUCCAUCAGCAAUUGUCUUUUGCUUCCAGAACCCUCAGAAUCUGUUCAGUCCCAUUUAGUGUUUCAGUUGCUUUGUCAGAGUCAUUUCUUUGAAGUGUUAAUUUGAAUGUAAUUGCUUGGCCAAAUCACUACAAAAGUGGGUUUGAGAGAAUCUUUAGUUACAAAGCAAGUGCAGUUCAAGGCUACCUCCUGUAUUCCUUUACUGAAGAAUUAAUUGAAGUGAACCUCCCACUAAGCAGCCAAAAUGCUCCCAGAGGGACUGGAUUUGUCCUGGUCUGUUCCUUCCUGGGAAGUGGCAGUGCCAUACUGUGAUCCUGGCUGGCUGCUCAGCCUUCCCUCUGUCUUCCAGAGGCAUCCCUGUGUAUUGAGAGGGUACCAGCCUGACAAGUGGCACAUCUGGCACAUCUGCUUCUGGUCAGGGUCACUCCGGAGCAGCAGCUCCUUCUGUGUCCUGUCCCUUCACUUGAGUUUCUAUACUGUUGUUUUCCAAAUGAAAACAUUUUCUGUAAUUUACCUGUUGGCCAGAAAAUGUCAAGUUUUCUCUGCAAAUGACAUGAAGGUGCUUGAAAUAUAUUUUGAGUCUGAGGCAAAAAAUAUGUAUUGAAUUAUUUUUAAAAUGUGCUUUUUAGAUAAGUUGACAUGCGACUGUAAGAAUGAAAAUGCUUUAUUCCCUGCUCUGAAAAUUAGAAACUUUAAAAUAUGGGGGAGAAAACCCCAAACCAAAACACCACAAAACAACCCCAAACUUGAGAAUGUUCAUCUUGGGACUGUUUAGUGUCAGUUCUGUGCAAAGCCUUGGCCAAAACUCAACCUUGACAUGUGGACUGAGGGUGCUUUAAGUGACCUGAAAUGAAACUGUAGAAAACUCUGUUAAUUUUGUUUACAAUUAUUCCAAACAAGCUUCCUCAUCUCAGAACAAACCACUCUGCUGACAGAAGUACCUGUUGGAGCACAGUGUGCUGGUGUGGUUUUGUAGCAGUGUUAAAGUUUUAUAUUUAUGAGUACCUGGGCUUUCUGCUGUGGAUUUUGGCCUGACAGAGUGAGUUUCCUGGCAUUUUAUGCUCCCUGCAAUUUCCUUCUCUUAAUUUCUGGGUCUAGACACUAAUGAAGCUCACCCAUGGCAGGUGGAUUGCUGAUGUCCUGACUUUCUGGAACCCAGAUUUUACAAGUGACUGAAUAAACCAUUAUAAAUCAGCUCAUUAAUAGCUGAAUGGGGUAAAUCCUGGCAGUAUGGUUCAGUUCUCAGUCAUGAUUUAACAAAGCCCCCCCAAAGUGUAAAGUACAGGGUAAAUGGCUGCUUUGGGGAAGAUGUUUCACUACAUUGUGCACUGCAGAUCAUGAACACUAUUGCUGGCAGGGCUUGCACUGUGCAGAGAUGCUGAACAGCUCGUCUGUCAGUGAUGGGAGCAGAGUUUUGUGUUUUCCAGACAAGGCAGAGCUGGGAUCAUGGGGAAGUUUAAGGAGUGAAGGAGCUCUGUGCUGCUCAUGCCCUAGAGAACAGAAACACUGGGUGCCCCAGGAGUUAAUUGUGGGAGUUCUGCAUGUGGCAGCACUACAAACCCAAGCACCAGAUGCAGGCUGUGGCUGCUCCUUCUUCCCACCUAAAUAUUCCCCCAAAAAGCCUUUUCUUUGGAUUUGUCCAUGUGCUGCCUCAGGAGAUCCAUUGUAAACCUGCCUGUGGCUGCUCUGCCACCAGCCAACCUCCCUGUGUGGUUUGAAGAGCCUUGGGCUGCAUGGCAGUUCUGUAUCAAAGUUCUGUAUCAGUCCUUCCCACAGGGUUCUCAAGAGUGCACAGGUUUUAGUUGUAUUUUUUCCCCACAUUUUGGAUGUGCUGUUGAGCCAAGGACUUGAAAUUUGUUAUUUUUUUCCUCCCUUCUUUAAGCACAACUAAACCACCUGCUGGAACAGCUGCUCUCUGCUCAUCAGCAGGGAUUGCAGAUGCUGUCUGACCUGGGGGCAAGCCUAGGAGUUGUCCCCAAAAUACAAAUUUAAACUUUUGUGGUCAUUUUGUGUGGGGGUUUUUUGAGUGUGCUUGGCCAGCAUGAAUGGUGAACAGGUCAGCAGGCAAGCUUGGGAGUCUCUAAUCCCCUGGCUGGUGCUGUUUGUGUUUGCUUUGUUAGGUUAGAUUUCCUGUCAGAAAAAAAAAAAAUAGAAUGUGGACUCUUUUCUGUAUUUAUCAGCUUUUCCAGGUUUUAAAGCCAUGAAUAGAGGAAGCUUCACUCCUGCUGGUUUUUGUGAAAUUGCACAUUUUUGCCUGACAUGUACUUGACUCAAAGCAGAUCCUGUCUGGCUUUUAUGAUCACCCCAAAACCUCAGCUGCUGUGGGUUGGGUCAGACCUCUCGUGUGCCAACAUGACAUGCAGUGAAUUUUGUUUUGAGAUUUCACCAAAGUUAGUUCUGCAUCAGCUGUGAGGUGCUCAACCCUCAUUGUUUUAUAGCACUGUUUCUAUGCUAUUAAAAAAUUAGGAUUUCACCCAAAUUUUGUCAUUCCUGAUAUAUUUUCUUGUGAAACUUAACAACUGAGCCCUUCAAUUGCUCAUCUCAUUUACAAAUGACAACUUCAUAAUUGCAUAGUAAAGAAAAUAAGAGGAAAAAACCCAACUAAACCAUCAAAACCCAUUAAGGAGUAAGCUUCAGAUUUAUCUUGGAAAAUCAAGUUUUCAAUGAGGUGCAAUGAGGAAUUACAUCAGGCAAAGUUCUGUGCUAUCCUGAAGAGUGUUACCAUGUUACCACUUCCUUUCUGUAAUUUGUUGGUAAAGUUCAGUAGAUUUUCUAGAUCUGUGUGUGUCCCAUUUUUGUGUGAGUGACAGGACAAGGGACAGUGUAUGGGCUGUCUGUAAAAGAUACAAAGACAGUAUUGGGCUGGAAAUAACAAGCACAAUUUCCCUGGCUUUUGCAGUAUUUUGUUAGUUGUACAAUCAUAAAGAUUUCAACAUUUAGGGCAGUUCAUAAAUAAAGAUCCAGCCUCUGAUUUCUGUGCAGCAGAGUGGUUGGCUGGAUCUUGGGAGGGUGAGAUGGAAAACAGAAUGUAUUGAUUAAAUCUUUUUUUUUUUUCUUUAAUUUUGGUACAUUGCAAAAUUAACUGACUUUAUAUGUUAAGGUUUUAGUCUUCUGUUUUAAUAGUUUCAAUUUUUUUUUAAAAAAUAUUUUUUUAUAAAAUAACUGAAAAAAGACCCAAAAAUCAAUCCAGAAGCUUCAUAUUGUAAAUGCUCCCUCCAAACAAAAUGUUUCCCUGACCAUAUAAAGUUGUUGGGUUUUUUGUUUGUUUUUAUUUUUUUGGGGGGGGAGGGUUGAUAAAAAAAGAUAUGAUGUUAAGGUUGUUCCAAGUGGUACUAAAUGUAUGUUGAGUAGUUUUGUGUGUGUGUUGCAUCUCUGUUGGAACUGUCUCGUGCUUGCAGUAUAGAAAUGAUUGGUGCUGGCUGGGUGAGAGUAGCACUUGUAAUGCAAAAGCAGGCCCAGAAUGACGCUCAGCUGACUCUGAAGGGCACCCCUGGCACUGCAGGGUUUCCCAUGGAGGUUGGAGGCAUCACUUGGCAGAGCUGGGGGGGUCACAGGGGGUGUUAAUUAAUUAAUUAACAGCAAUUAAUCCAUUGCUUCUCUCGCUGCCGUAGGUGAGCACUUGUGUGAUGCUGUGUGGCCACGCCACUUUAAACUAAGCCUUAACUAAAUGAUAAAUGCGUCAGAUUCCUCUCUCAGAGUAUGCAGAAAUACUGUUUGGUGACAGGAGGAUGUUCCUGUAGAGCUUCAGUGGUAGUGGAGGCAGUCUCCUGACCUGAGGAACAAGGGACACCUGUAGCUGUCUGUACUGUGAUGCCUC